CAUAAUCAAGAGUGGAACAUCACAUAGAACACGAAAAGUUCUUACUGUACACUGAAAUACAACAUUUACGCAAUUCUACAAUUGUAUUACACUAUACAAAUAAAUGACAGUUUGACAGUUUGCAUGCCUCAACAGGACCCUCGAACUGCGGGACUUUGCACUGGCACAUCGGCUUCAUUUGUCAACAACAGAAGUUGCUGCUUGGGUUGGAGAGCACUGUGAAACAUGUGAAAGACACACUAAGUUACUCGCUGAAUAGAGAGAGAAGUCAGCAACUCAAAGAAAACAUGAAAGAAGUAAAAUAAUGAAAAAAGAGAAACAUAACUCAGUCUGAACUUUGGGUUAUGACCCAGUUAGGUCAGUGCUAUAAAGGCAGUUUGGUUUCGCUUGGACUUUAUCCAUUUCGGGGAAAAGUAGUCAUUUUAUUGAUGCUGGGAGGGGUGAACAGGGUGAGGCUCCGUGCAGGUAUAAGGAAGUGUUUCCACUGACAGACUAAAAACUUUUCUUCUUUAGCUUAGAAACACACCAGCUACUCUCUCCAACACCCAAAUAUGGCUGUCAGUAAAGAUACAGACUGCAACAGAUGAUCAGGACUGCAGAAAAAAUCAUUGGUGUCGACCUGCCCCCCAUCCAGGACUUAUCCGGUCCCGGGCUGGGAAACGGAAACAACCAUGUACAACAAUGAAGAGAUCCGGAUCGUGAUGGUGGGGAAGACCGGAGCUGGGAAGAGUGCAGCAGGAAACACCAUCCUGGGACACAAGUGCUUUGAAUCUGUUUUCUCCCCUGAAUCUGUGACCGCAGACUGUGCUAAGGCGUAUGGUGAGCUGGAUAGACAGAAGGUUUCUGUCAUCGACACUCCAGGUCUGUUUGACACCAAUACAGAUGAAGAGACGACACGUAAAAAUAUCUCCCAGUGUAUGGCUUAUGCUUCUCCUGGACCCCAUAUCUUUCUGAUUAUCAUCAAACUGGGCCGAAUCACAGAAGAAGAAAAGAAGACGGUGGAGAAGAUUCAGAAAAUCUUUGGAAAGUCAGCAGACAAAUACAGCAUGGUUCUCUUUACCCAUGGUGACCAGCUCAGUGGGACUAUCGAGGAGUUCUUGAAGGAAAGCAAAGACCUGCAGAAGCUUGUGGCCAAAUGUAACGACCAGUACCACGUCUUUGAUAACACGAUCUCUGAUAGUUCUCAGACCAGAGAGCUCCUCAACAAGAUCAGAAAAAUAACAGAAAAGAACACAGGAAACCAUUACACCACUGAGAUGUUUCAGGAGGCAGAGAGGGCGAUUGAAGAGGAGAAACAGAGAAUCCUGAAAGAGAAAGAAGAGCAAAUGAGGAAAGAGAGGAAGGAACUAAUGAGGAAAAUAGUGGAAAAAUUUGAGCAAAGGAUAAAGGAAGCGAAGGAAGACGCGGAGAAGGAGAAACAGCGAAUCCUGAAAGAGAAUGAAAAGCAAAAGUGCAAAGAGGAGGAACUAAAGAGGAAAAUAAAAGAAAAACAUGAGAAAGAAUUAAAGGAAGCAGAGGAAGACACUAAGAAGGAGAAACAGCGAAUCCAGAAAGAGAAAGAAGAGCAAAAGUGCAAAUUGAAGGAGGAACUGGAGAGGGAAAUAAAAGAAAAACAUGAGAAAGAAUUAAAAGAAGCGAAGGAAGAGAUGGAAAAAGAACUAAAAGAGAAAAUGAAAGCACUGGAGGAAGAACAGGAAGAGAAGGCUAGAAGAGAGGCAGAGAAGAGCCUUUCAGUGCUCGCAAAGGUUGGUCGUGGACUUGCGGUGGUGGGGGCUAUUGGGGCUGCGGUGGCGGUGGGGGCUGCGGUGGCGGUGGGGGCUGGAUUGGCUAUUGCGCCUGUGGCAGCUGUGGGGGCUGUUGGGGCUGGGUUGGUUUUGGGGGCUGUGGCGAUAUUUAAAAAAUAACUACAGCUCAUUGUAUCCGACCUGAUGUACAUUAUAAUGUCAGUGUUUGAAACUGAUCUGUUGAUUCUCAAAUUACUCUCGCCUUUUCUUUUAGACAUAUUUUGAACACAAAACUAAAAGACUAAAGGGACUUUCAGACAGGACGCGGUGGGGGCUACGCGCUGCUGUCAAGACCAUUCAUUGUCUAUGUGUAGCUCUGCACAAGAGCGUAUCUGCACUCGGCCAAGCUGAGCUCAGCACAAGGUCUCGUUUGCCAGUUGGACCAAUAGUAUCUGUCUGCAGUCUGCAAGACCCAAUUUCAAAUAUCUUUAUUUAUCUGUUAGGAACUUCAGUUGUGUAAAAAAAUCAUCAGUGUGCAUACAGCUCAGCACAACAAAACAAACAAACAAAAGAACACACACACAUACAAGUGGCUGUAUUAAAAGCAUGACAAUUGUUAUGAAAGGUUAAAAGAGUGGUGUUAAAAAUAAAUGAACAAAUGGAUCAGCCAUUCAUGAGCCUGAUGGAUGUGGGCACGAAGCUUGAAAUGGCUCUCUUAGUUCUGAAAGUUUGAGAUCUGUGUCAUCGGUAUCUUCUGCCCACUACAAUCUUCUAAAUGGUGUUUGACCCUGCUGAGGCCGUGUGGCUCGCUUUACUUUGGUUCACCUUCUAUUUUUAUCAUUUCAAACAAAUAAACUAAGAACAUUUUUGGAACACAUGACUCACAAAAGUGCCUCCAACCAAAGCUGUAGUAUCCUCAAAGGUAUAGAGAAGAAGCCCUGCAGCCCGUCUAUGCAGAUGGUUGGAUGGAGCGGAGAGGAAAUUAAAAAAAGGACGAUUUUUAUUUUCAUCCACAAAAUGUCAUCAAAAAUAUAAAAGUUGUGAAAGUAUGUAAUAAACCCAAAUAAUUUCAGUAAGGAGACAUAAUUCUCUAUGAAUAUUUAACGAUAUAAGUUGCAUGUCACAUAUGAUACUUAUUUAAACUAUCAUCUCCGUGCUCUUAAAUUACCCUUUUUUAACAGUUGGUAGAUAAAUAAAAUAAACAUUGUUUAAAUAAAAUCCACAUCGUUUGCUUUAAAAGAAAGCUUAUCAACUCUGGUAGUGAAAUAACCCUGGUAUUACUAACGUAUAUUUAACUAAAUAUAAGUUGUCUAAG